AAGAAAAAGAGGAAACUAGUAAAAUCGGUGUUAUAAAAGGUUGAACAAACUGUUUUUGCAUCGUUGCAGUCGCGAAUGCUGACCGUAUACUUAUCUCAAUUAUUGAAAUUUAAUCCUGGGAUAAAGAUUCAGUAGAAAUUCACUAAAAAGGAAAAUACAGCCCAGAGUUAAAAUAGCCGUUGAUGAUUAAAAUCGGCUGAGUAUGAGUGUAUUUCUGUAAAUUUAUGACAUGUUUUUUGACAGAUGUUGUUUGGUAUUUUAGACGUUCACAUAUUUCAAAGUUAAAGCCAAAAGAUCUACGCACGCAUACAAGGAUGAAUAUCUCUUGGAUAUAUUGUAUUCUAUCGUUAUAUUUGUUUCAGACGGCAACGUGUAUCACGUUGUUCGAGUUACGGCUAAUCCGGUUUCACAACCCGUCCGGUAGGGAGGCAGAUGGAGACUGUUGUGAUUUCCCGUGCAGUGACCAGUGCGACCCAGAUUUCGUCUUCUGCUUCGACAAACCGGAUUCUGGUGAAUGCAGGCUGGCAAAACGAUACACCGGUCAUUAUCACGCGAAUACCUUCAAUUUCAAGGAUAAGUUUCCAAACGGGGCCCAGAAUCCUUUAAGUUUAAAACUUGCUGAGCCAUGGCCCGGUGCCCUGUACAUCACAAUCAUGGUAGAGGAUCGUGACAGCAUUAACGCCAACGACAACAUGGGCAAAAUACGGAAAAUCUUCAACAGAGUUCCCGCACCUAGCGAGCGGAAGGCCAAGUGGAACAAUAUGGACUUUGUCUUCAAAUACCAGACAAUCGACGCCCAGGCCAGGGUAUACUGCGACAAACAUUACUAUGGCGACGACUGUUCCGUGUUUUGUGAACCCAAGGACGAUGACGUUGACGGCCACUACUAUUGUACGGAUGCCGGUAUCAAAAUAUGCCGGGACAACUGGCACGGUGAAGCAUGUAAAACCUACUGUAAACCUGCUGAUGACGACACCGGGCAUUAUGAUUGUGGUGCAAAGGGGGAAGUCAUGUGUCAUAAAGGUUGGGAGGGCGAGAAGUGCACCGUGGACAUCAACGAGUGUUCCAACGCCAGCAAUCCGUGCCUCCACGACAGCGAGUGUAUCAACUACAACGGCUCGUAUAGCUGCAACUGUAGCGAGUCAUACACAGGUCUGCACUGUCAGGAGAAGAAGCUGUUUUGUGACACUCGCCCGUGCAGCAACUACAGCACCUGUAACGACACGCUGUACGGCUUCCAGUGUGUGUGUGAGCCCGAGUGGACGGGCCGCUUCUGUGACCAAGUGGUCACGCCUUGCACUUCCAGUCCAUGCCAGCACGGGGGCGCAUGCAGCGUGUCCGGCGAUAGUUACACGUGCACGUGCGUUGGCAUGUGGGAGGGCUGGAAUUGUGACCAGGAUAUUGUCAUAAUGCUUAAUGACACGAAGGUGCUUUUCCUGAAAGGCCAUCUUCAAGAUAAUCAAUGGGACGACCUGACAGCCGGUAUCCGUCACCUUCUCAAAGAUUUGCUCAAAAUUGAAGAUGUUGCCAUAGAAACUACCAUAACAUAUCCAGCCGAGGAGCAGACGCGGGUGGAGAUAUUCGUGGAGUCUCCCGACCCGGGGGUGGUUGGUUCCCUGGAUAAGAUUCUCAUACUCCCGGAGCACGAGCUGAAGACUAGUUUCAUACUCCCCUUCUCCGAGAAACAGAUGGUCAUCAGGAAAGUGCGACAAAAACCCGACCCGUGGGUACAGAGGCACUGGUAUGUGGUGGUUGUGGUAGUGUUCGUUCUCAUCGCUAUCAUGACAACCAUCGUCGUCGUCAUGUACGUCAUCAAAAGGAGAAGACGCAAGCUACUUGUAAAGGCCGGCAACUUUGAUAGCACGCGGUCCCAUUCUGGUCGGGAAUCUAUCCCCGACGCCGCCAUCGGCUUCGACAACUCAUUGUAUUUUGAGGCCAAAGACUCCGAGAGGUUACGAGGCCUUCCAGAUAUCCCGAACGAAAACGGAAAACUUAAAGAGAAUGGGCGAAAGUCUUAAGACUUAAAUAAGGGAGUUGUUUUGUAUGUGCGUGUGCGUGUAUGGGUGUGUUGGUUUGAAAGCAAAUCUAAUGUCAUUGGAUCUAUGACACCGUAUGAAAUCUUAAGGACCUGCUGUCCGGUUUUAACAUAAUUCAUGUUUGAAUCAAAUAUUUCAUUUUGUUUUCAUUUGUCGCGGGUGACAUGUAUGAGUGAUAUUGUUUAAUGUUUUUGAAGUUUCCAUUUUAGAAGUCCUUAUGUUUUAUGAUAUUUAUAUGCAAGCGCUUUAAUCAGAAACAUUCCCAUUAUGUGUAUAUCUUCUACCCUCAUAGAUCUAAUCGAUUCUAAUAAGUAUUCUAAGUGUCUCAUUGUCCUUCACAAAUAUUGCUGAACAAAACAAAAAGGCGACUUAUUAAAUAAAAGUAUUAAUUUAAAUCAUGUGUUUCUCAGAACAUACACUUUCUUACAAAUUAAAGGAACUCUCUCUAUGAUUGGGGUUACCUAUUCACUUGUUGUAAGAACAUGACGUUGAUUUGUUUUUGGUACAUAGGAUAGAAAUGCAGCGUUUUCAGUAGAUUUAAGAUUUACAGAUGUGGUUACAAUGUCUUAAUACUACAGUAUUGAACUACAGGGACACGCCCAGUAGCCAACUUUUAAGUAUAUACUCUGUUUUUAAGCUGAGCUAACGGAAGGAUAAAAAACACUAACCGAGAGACAAAGUUUAACAAGAGGUCACUCACAAAAAAGUUUUUUUUUUAAAUUCGAGUCUCUUGGAUUUCAAAGCCUAUAUUUGGUUGAACCAGUAUUUAUUUCAGAUGGUAGUACAUAAAUAAUGAGCAUUGUAUUAAACUGGAAAUUCACGAACGAAAAUAUGUUAUAGUGAAUAUGAAUAUAAUAACGAGGAAUGCCAAUAUAGUGAAAGCUGCAUAAGCUGCAUUUGUGAAAUGUAUAUGUAGCAUCUUAAAGCCUGUGAGCUAGGAAUAGAUUUUGCUUCAUCUAUAACAUAUUGUGAUCAUCGGUUUUGUGCUUGCUUACAUUAGCAGUCUUGUUAUGAUUCUUUUACAAUUUACAUGGAAAUUAAAGUUACGUUCAUUUUCAAGAAUAUAGUAUAUAUAUAAUUGUUUUGAAUAAAGAGUA